AUGCUCCUGCUUUCAAUCACCGUAUUUUGCCUGUCAGUUUUCUCCUCGUUCGCAACAGAGAAGAAAUGCCCUCCGGUGAAGAAAGGUAGACAAUUCUUGUUUGUUGGCACUUUCAGACCUAGAAAAUCUUUCCCAUUGUUUGUACAAACACGGUUACGGCUGAAAAAUUGAAUUACUAUUCAUGAAAAUUGUACAAAACUUAUUUUGAUCAGUGUAAAGUGUUUUUACUCGAAACGCGAAAGUUUAUGCGAGAAAACUUGUGUUUCCUCAAUAGUAUUGAAGAAAAAACUAUCUCUCAUCAUCCCAAGACCCUUACAACUUUUCAGGUGCUUGCUGCACGGCGCCCAUCACACCUGGUUGUCGACUUCCGCGACAGUGCUACAAAUAUAUCAUGGCUAAUUGUCCUGACCGCAAAAUUGCCGUUUUCUCGAGAAAGGUCGGAAAUGAUCGACGAUCGGCGCCACGGAAACCAUUAGUAAGUGCUUUGUAUAGGAUCGUAUUACAAUUUUUCAGAAGAGAAAGCGAAUUAAAAUUAAAAUUCACUUUCUCUUCAAUGUGGUAAUAAAACAUACUUCCGAGCAAUUAGAAAGAGAGUAUGACUGUAAGUAAGAUUGAUAUCAAAUUUAAUUUAAUUUUAGGGAAAAUGUGGAACAGCUGAUGUCAAUUACCAGCCAUGUACUUCCAAAGGAAUCGCCAACAAACUUUUCUUGGCGUGUUGCCAACUCUACGUUCCAGAGGAAUGCCAUCAUAUGUGUGUGUAUGAAACCGACCAAACGGUGACCCGUAACAUGGUGAGUUAAUUUAAAAAACAAGAUGAUAGAAGUUGAAGCACCAUUAUUACACACCUUGACAUGUUGUUUAUGAUCCCUGUGUCACCAACUGUGUAUUCAUCAAUCUUGAUAGAACAUGACAUCUUCCGGACAUCUUACAGCUGACCAACAUGAGGAAAGACAGCCAAUGCCGUAUCAAGCACCUUUCCUCUAUUUUGUAUUGUGCCAGUCAGAACAGAGACAACAGAAAAUGCUGCCUGGACCUUGAUCUCAAUGCUCCACAACUUCAGGUACGAAAUGUUGGAUGGGAGUAAUAAGAAAAACGUUGCUUCAGGUCGGAUCUCGUUGCCUCCGAAUGUGUGAUCCAUCGGGAACAUCCAUCGAUAGGAUAACCAAAGAAGAUGUUACCUGUUUGUACAACUGGAAUGUUAUUAUGUAUUGCCAUCAUGCCGGAAUACGGGAAAUGUGA